UGGGCAGAAGCCUUAUUCAUUUUACUUACUCAGUGUUUUUGUAUUUUGCUCUUUUCACUUUAAUUUCUUUGCAUCCUGAUCUAUUUUAUGAUUUAGAUUUUUCUGCCAAAAGAAAAUAAACAAUCUAACUAAAACACAGAAACCAUUUUUGAUAUUUUGAAAUUCAUCCUUCCAGAAGCUCUUCAUAUAACUUCAGGACUAAAUGCUGAAGGUGGAAACAAUGACAAUGUGGAUGUUCCUGCUUGUGCUGUUUGGAGAGUCUGUCUCAACUGCAGAGAUUUACAGAUCCCACACUGAUACUCCACUCCCAUUGGACAUGGCUGAAAACUCUGUCGAUGACAUGUACGAAGGCUGCGAGAACAAGAUGGCGACCAAAGUAAAGACAGAGCUUUUGGCUAGAGAGAAAAAGAUGAGCAAAAGUUUUAGGUUGGCUUGGGACGAAGCGGCGACAGAGUACAAUAAGAAAUGGAAGCCCAAGCCUGGGAAGAAAAAAUCCCAAGUUCUGGAGAAAGAACAAAACAUGGCCAUCUAUGCUUACACUCUGGACAAACCAGAAAUAUUCACUGAAUUCAACAACGCGGUGCGAACUCAGAGGGCUCAGUACACGAGCACGUUUCAGUAUCACUCACUGCACUUCUUCCUGACGGGCGCUCUCAGAGCUCUCAGAGCUCUCAAUGCUCGUAAGCCAAACACAGAAAGAUGCCUUACCGGUUACCGGAGGGUCAACAGAACAUUCGAGCUGGGCGUUCUCGGCAAAGAAAUCCGCUUUGGCGCUUUCACCUCGAGCUCGAUGGGAAAGUAUCCCCGCAAAGAAAAAUUUGGCGACGAGACUUGUUUCGGGAUUUACACCUGCUUAGGAGCAGACGUCUCACUGUACUCCAAGUUUGGAGAAUCAGAGGGAGAAGUCCUGGUUCCUCCAUAUGAAAUCUUUAAAGUUACAGACAUAAAGCAGAGAUCUGAGAACGAGGAGCUUCCAUGUAACGUUGUGUUGACACUGAAGAGCACAGAAAAGAUUCUGUCCAACCUAAACUGUGCACUUUUCAAGGAUAACUGAUCCAAAUAAAUCUUUAAAAAUUAUUUCCAAUUUUAGUGACACAUAAGAGCAGAUUAGAUUUAUUUUGACAAGUAUUUCUGUUUAAUUACUAUUGUAUUAUCAAAAAAAUGUUUUUUAAAUUCAGAUAAAAGCUAAUACAUGCAUAGUUUCACCAUCAUAAACAUAAAGACCAUUUAAAUCAGGUCAAACAUAGCUUUGGAUGUAUUUUUGCUUUUAACUGAUGUUUAAAAAUGUAAAAAAAAAAAAGAAAAAGAAGAAAAAACUAUGCCAAAUGAGCACAUUUGACUGCAAACUGAAAGUAUCUGUAUACAUUUCAUAACUACUAUCCUUCACAUCCUCCUGUAAAAUGACUCUUUGCAUC